CCGAAAAGAGAAAGUGGAUCUGGCAACAGCAAAGUGGCAGAUGGAGCGGCAGACGAGCACUUGCCGUGCGGUACUUUGGUUGAAAUCAAUCAAACUAUCUACUGUUCUUUUCCUUUCACUAUUUUGGUCGAUGCGAAGAAGAACUUCAAAACUCUUGUAAUGCAGACAUGUUAUCAAAAAAUGCACUUAUUCCCUUGCACUACAGAUGAAGAUGAGACAUAACAGCAAACAGCAAAUUUGGAAAUGCCUGUUGCUUUACGUUUACCGAUCUUGGAAAUCACUGUAAUGCUAUUCAGCUGUAAUUCCAAAAACUAAUGAGCAUUGUUUACUGGUAUCUAAAUAUCAAGGGCAUGAACGUUCCUUCUAUCAUGUGGAAUCUGUAUCUACUUAUGCUCAUGAUAAUUCCUCCGGGUAUGACAGCAGACAAGAAAGAAAUAUUAGCAGAUACUUGUAGUGAUGACUCAGUUCUGCCAAACACUCAACCCUUAGCUCAGCGUAAAACAACUGCACACUCAAAUUUCACCCAUGUAAUUGGCUUUUUUGAUGUGCACAAAGGAGAUAAAUGUCAUUUAUUGAUUCAAGACGGUAUGGAACAAGUAAUGAUGGCAAUCGGCGUGUUUGAGAAUCAACUGGCGAUCCUGAACGAUGGAGUUGCUGCUGACAUUGGGUUUGAUAUUUAUGACACGUGUUCGAAUUCUUCUACGGCUGUUCUUCAUUUGAUUCGUGCCUUAGUGAAUACUCAGAUUUUAAGACCGGACUGCAGAAAUGAGCAUUUCAUAGGUGUUAUUGGACCAACGAAUCCAGAAGUGCAAGGAAAAGUCGCAACCUUUCUGAAAUCUAUCAGCAUCCCAUAUUUUCCACUUAUAACAUUAUCGCUUAAAGAAGAGAUCAAAGCCGUUACAGAAGUCUUAUUUGACUUAAAAUGGCAAAUGGUCGCUCUAUUCGCUUCAACAAAAGAAUUAGAAAAUGAAUUCCGAGAAGAAGCUGACAUUCAUAAUAUUUGCAUUGUGUCAUCAACUGUACUCACUACGGAUACUAAGUCAGAUUUUUUCCUUAGAAUGACGUUUCAAGAAAUAACAUCAUCAACUACUAAAGUCGCUAUUGUCCUUGGGAUGGGUAUCAGCGCUCAAAGAUUGUAUGAAAUGGCAAUACUGACUAACAGCUCGAUCCAGUAUUGGUUUUUAGUUGGAGUCGACGAGAAAGAAUCCGAAUUGUCAAUCAUUUUUGGUCCUGACCAACCGGUGAUCCUCUUUAAACGAUCCCUUUCAAAGAUUCCAAAAUUUGAUGAAAACAUCUUGGAAGCAUAUGAAUUCGGUGCAAAAAUUAAACAAUUAAAUUUACCAAGGAGUUAUGUGGCUUAUGUAAACAGUUGUUCAAGCAACAUGAAUGGAAGCCGUUUCGAGAAAAUUAGAUGCGACGAACACCCCCUCAGGAUGAGGAAUCCACAAUGGAGUACAGUAAAUGAGGCAAUUGACAACUUACUAAGAGAUAUAAGCAAAACUGGAAUUUUUGGCAACGAUUCCAUAACAACAAAACUAGCCUCCAUUAGUGAAAGCUCAAAUCUUACAUCAAAUGAAAUUGAGAUCUGGACAUUUCAGCACGCCAUCGGGAAAUUUUCUAAGCAUAAAGAAUUACAGGUCGGUCACUACUAUCAAGGACAGUUGAUCUGGGACAAAAAGAGACUUAACAUUCUUCGCUUCACUGGUUCUGGUUGGUUCAAAAUUCCUGAAUUCCAUUGCCGUCACAGCUGUCCUGAAGUAUGUAGCAAUUUCGAGAAUAUAUCAAUUACUCCAGAUUUUGAAAGCUUUUUCAGUAGAAUUUAUCAUUGGAAGCAUGAAACUUGGGUAACGAUUCUUCUUACGACAUCUAGCAUUGGUAUAAUUGUCGCCGUUUCUACAGCUUUGUUCUUGAUUGCGAAAGCCUGUAGAGAAGAUUUUGAAGAAGGAACUCAAAUUUCGAAUGUGAUGCUACUGAUAUCUGUUAUAUUCUCAUACUGUUGCUCUGCUUUUUUCUUAUUUCAUGCAGAUACCCCGACAUGCUCAAAACGGAUUACCGUAGUAGGUAUAGCAUAUGCUUGCAUGUUAGCUCCAGCACUUUCACGCUGUUUCCUACUUAUCGCAGCCGAAAUGGAUGGAAUUCACAGCCAUAUCAGUGGAUUCUUGCAAUCCAUGCUGUGCUUCUUUAUUUCUACUGUUCAGAUCGCAAUGGCAGCCUAUUACUGGUUAUCAUACUCGGACGUAAAAAAAUCGAUAUCCAGAUGUGCUAUUGAAAUGAAACAGACAAUAGCGUAUUUCUCCUACGUUAUGUUUUUGAGCUUUUUGUGGUUAAUAGCCUCCCCGUUUUGUAUCCGAAGUCGAAGAAAUAACAGAGAAGGUCUCCUUUUGCACUUAGGAAGUGUCGCCGUCUGUCUAGUGUGGCUGAUUUGGUAUCUUCUAUUUUUCCUCUUGCCACCUCGCUGGAAUGAGUUUACCAUAUGCUUUGGUUUAGUCGCAACUGCAACAUCAGUUUUGUUAGUGGUGUUCUUGCCUAAAAUAUAUCGACUCAUAAUUUCAGCUGCAGCUAAGCAGCAAGGUCAAAUGAGCAUGCAGCCAGUCAUUUUUGCUUCAACUUCUUCCAGAAGUCCAAAUUUAUCGAUAUACGAAAGUGUGAACCAUGGCUACAAUCCUGACAAAGAUGGAUUCAUCGUGGAUGUCUUUCGAGACGAAGAUGACUCACCAGCCCCGAGAAAAAUGACUCAUCUGUGAGCAAAUUGCUGUAUUAAGCUAAGUAAUCCAAGAUAAUUAAAUCGUGGCUGUACUUUAAAACAGAAAAGCCAUCGCAAUUUAAGCGAAUUGUUUUACUUAUUUUCCUCAAAAUAAGUGUACGCUGAAAGAGAAGUUUACAGAACAGGCCUUGUUGAUUCAUAGAGAAGGAAAAACGGAACAUCCCAUAUGAUUAAUUUGAAAGAAUACAUACCUUUCAUAUUACUGACAAAUAUGCGUGAUAUAGGAAUGAAGUUUUAAUACAUGCUGGUCAGAAGCAUUGAAUGAAAUCCUAAAUAAUAUUUUCGUUUUCAAUCUCAAAACACUUUGAUAGACUUACGACGUAAAGUUUUAUUGAAAUUAUAUAUUGCUUAAUUUUUGAAAAGCUGGACUACAUUACCAAAAAUAAUUAUAAUUUUCCUUACUAGGUACCAUUUUCUCUCUGUAAUCGGAAUUUUAUUUCGGUAUUAUAGAAUUGCAAAAUUUUCGUAGCUAAGUUAAUUUUAUUGUAACUUUAGGUUUUCUGUUACACAAUAUAUUUUAUUCAUUUUUCAAUCUAUUACUCUUAUUCCCAUUUUUAUCUCUUACAUUGCACGACUCAUACUUUUUUCUCUUUCCUCGUUUAUUUGCAAUCCACAGUAUGAGCGGGUUUCAGAGACAUCUGCAUCCUCAUAACCCUGCAUUUUUAAAUGGCGAACAUGUAAUUAAGGCAUUCCUUAUUUAGAUUAGAAGAGAAACACGCUAAUGUGACAAUCAAAAUCGUAAAAACAACCUUGUAUUUAGCGUAGGUAUAAUGAAACACUCAAUCGAUUUCGAGGGCAGCUAAAGAUCCCUCCUCAUCAG